UGGCCCCAGGCCAUACCCUGCUUGCCCAGGCUUCUAAGGCUACAACCAGCUAGCCUGUGCCCCACACCUGCCCUGUGAGGACUUCCUGCUCUCCCAUUCUCGUCCCUGGAUUGGCCGUGAGGGGUUCGUCUAACACCUUGGGCCUGCGCGCUGCGGGACCAGAGAAGAGUGGGGGCGGGGGGGAUGUCUGCGGGCAAGAUGGCGGCUACUGCGGCCGGUGUGGGCCGGUUGGAGGAAGAGGCGUUGCGGCGAAAGGAACGGCUGAAGGCCCUACGGGAGAAAACCGGGCGCAAGGACAAGGAAGAUGGGGAGCCAAAGACCAAGCAGCUCAGAGAAGGGGAGGAGGAAGGCGAGAAGCACAGGGAACUCAGGCUGCGGAACUAUGUCCCAGAGGAUGAGGACCUGAAGAAGAGAAGGGUGCCCCAGGCCAAGCCAAUCGCAGUGGAAGAGAAGGUGAAGGAGCAGCUGGAGGCCGCCAAGCCAGAGCCCAUCAUUGAGGAAGUGGACCUGGCCAACCUCGCACCCCGGAAGCCUGAUUGGGACCUCAAGAGAGAUGUAGCCAAGAAGCUGGAGAAGCUAGAAAAGCGGACCCAGAGGGCCAUCGCCGAGCUGAUCCGUGAGAGGCUGAAGGGCCAGGAGGACAACCUGGCCUCUGCAGUGGCGGCCACCACCACCGAACAAGAGGCUGGUGACUCCGACUGAGGCACGCCCUAUCCCCUCGCCGCCCGCCUUUCAGGCCUGUCCUAUAGGAGGAUGGUCUUGGGCAAGGGUCGGGGCUGGGCUUGCCAUCACCUCCAGUUUGGCCUCAGAACAGUGACUCCCUGCCUAGCAGUCUGAACCCCACCCGUCCCCAUGCUGUGAGGUCGGCUCCUUGUCUCCCGAGUGGUCCCCAGCGUGCUGAGUUGGGGCAGAGCCAGCAACAACUCUGUGGGCUUGCUGUAUCUCUACAUACAUAUGUUAUUUUGAAUUUUUUUAAUGUCUGGAAAUAGAAACAAGCAGACCCCUGUGUAUGGCAGAAA